CCCCCUCCCUUCUCGCUCCACGUCAGAAGGAACCGGGCGGAGCGGCCAACAUGGCGGAACGCAGGCGACACAAGAAGCGGAUCCAGGAAGUUGGUGAACCAUCUAAAGAAGAGAAGGCUGUAGCCAAGUAUCUUCGAUUCAAUUGUCCAACAAAAUCCACCAAUAUGAUGGGUCAUCGAGUUGAUUAUUUUAUUGCUUCAAAAGCAGUGGAUUGCCUCUUGGACUCAAAGUGGGCAAAGGCCAAGAAAGGAGAGGAAGCUUUAUUUACCAACAGGGAGUCUGUGGUUGACUACUGCAACAGGCUUUUAAAGAAACAGUUUUAUCAUCGGGCCCUAAAAGUAAUGAAAAUGAAAUAUGAUAAAGAUGUAAAAAAAGAAAAAGAUAAAGGAAAAUCUGAAAGUGGGAAAGAAGAAGAUAAAAAAGGCAAGAAAGAAAGCAUAAAAGAAGAAAAAACAAAAAAGGAAAAAGAGAAAAAGAAAGAUGGUGAAAAGGAAGAUUCCAAAAAGGAGGAAACUCCAGGAACUCCAAAAAAGAAGGAAACUAAGAAAAAAUUCAAACUUGAGCCCCAUGAUGAUCAAGCUUUUGUGGAUGGAAAUGAGGUUUAUGUGUGGAUCUAUGACCCAGUUCACAUUAAAACAUUUGUCAUGGGAUUAAUUCUUGUGAUUGCAGUAAUAGCAGCCACCCUCUUCCCUCUCUGGCCAGCAGAAAUGAGAGUAGGUGUGUAUUACCUCAGUGUGGGCGCAGGCUGCUUUGUAGCCAGCAUUCUUCUCCUUGCUAUUGCUCGUUGCAUUCUGUUCCUCAUCAUUUGGCUGAUGACUGGAGGAAGGCACCACUUCUGGUUCUUGCCAAAUCUGACUGCUGAUGUGGGCUUCAUUGACUCCUUCAGGCCUCUGUACACACAUGAAUACAAAGGACCAAAAGCAGACUUAAAGAAAGAUGACAAGUCUGAAACCAAAAAGCAACAGAAGUCUGACAGUGAGGAAAAGUCAGAUAGUGAGAAAAAGGAGGACGAAGACGGGAAAGCAGCACCAGGCAGUCAUGGAACAGAAGGCUCAGGGGGAGAGCGGCACUCAGACACAGACAGCGACAGGAGGGAGGACGACCCGUCACAGCACAGUAGUGGAAACGGGAAUGAUUUUGAAAUGAUCACAAAAGAGGAACUGGAACAGCAGACAGAUGGGGAUUGUGACGAGGAAGAUGAAGACAAAGAUGGAGAAACGCCUAAAUCUCUUAGGAAAUCCAAACUGAACUGUACACUCAAUCCAGAGAAAGGUGGCCAUCUCCAGCAGAAAGUGAAGAGCUCUGAUUGGAGGGCAAGGGCUCUUCCUUCUUCCCCGUCUCCUUGUCAUAAUAUAAAAUGUAUUCUGUACAUAAUUUUCAAAUAAAGCAUUUUAUUUUAAUUGUUCCUUAUGAUUUAGAAAUUUCUCAAUACUUAAAUUUGUAAAACAAAAACCAUGUAAGGUAUGUUUCUAGACAAUUUCAGUAACCCACAGAACAUUGGAUCUUUUACAGCAGCUUCAGUUGUGUGCCAACAUUCCAUGUAUUUUAAUGAGUAAAAUUAUUCUUAUUAAGUAAGAACAGACUUAAAGUAGCUGUUUGUAUGCCUUAAUGUUCAUUUUGAUUUAUUUUAAAUCUUUACAUUUAGAAACGGCGACUAUGUUAUCAGACCAGAAGGCACUGCUGUGAAAGAUAAUUUGCUGUUCUAAAAUACCAAUUAAAAAUAAAGGAUAUAAAAGAAAACAUAGAAAACCAUUGGACUCUCUAAUUGCUUCAAAUUAGUUUUGCUUUAAUCACAAACCCCC